AUGUCUGAAGGAGAACAUCAUCACCACCAUCACCAUCACCAUGGUGAAAAGAGCGCAGAACCUGGGGUGAAUCCUGCUAACAGAAUUGGGAAAUACCAAAUCCUUAAGACUCUUGGGGAGGGAUCCUUUGGGAAGGUCAAAUUGGCUCAACAUGUUGUAACCAACCAAAAGGUGGCCUUGAAGAUCAUCAAUAGAAAAACAUUAGCCAAGUCUGACAUGCAGGGCCGUGUUGAAAGAGAAAUUAGUUAUUUACGAUUGUUAAGACAUCCUCAUAUCAUUAAAUUGUACGACGUAAUCAAGUCCCGAGAUGAAAUUAUUAUGGUUAUCGAAUUUGCAGGAAAGGAAUUGUUUGACUAUAUUGUUCAAAGAGGUAAAAUGCCCGAAGACGAGGCUCGCCGUUUCUUCCAACAGAUUAUUGCGGCUGUUGAGUACUGCCAUAGACAUAAGAUUGUUCAUAGAGAUUUGAAGCCUGAAAAUUUGUUGUUAGAUGAUCAAUUAAACGUCAAAAUUGCAGAUUUCGGUUUAUCUAAUAUUAUGACAGAUGGUAAUUUCUUGAAAACUAGUUGUGGUUCCCCCAACUAUGCUGCCCCAGAAGUUAUUAGUGGUAAAUUAUAUGCUGGUCCUGAAGUUGACGUUUGGUCUUCAGGUGUUAUAUUAUACGUUAUGUUAUGCGGUAGAUUACCUUUUGAUGAUGAGUUUAUCCCUGCAUUAUUUAAAAAGAUUUCCAAUGGUGUUUACACAUUACCAAACUACUUAUCACUGGGUGCUAAGAAUCUUUUAACCCGAAUGCUUGUUGUGAAUCCAUUGAAUAGAAUAACAAUUCAUGAGAUAAUGGAAGAUGAUUGGUUUAAGAAAGAUAUGCCAGAUUAUUUGUUACCCCCAGAUUUAUCUCAAUCCAAGCACCAAAAGAUUGAAGUCAAUGAUGAUGUUAUGCUGGCAUUGUCUUUAACUAUGGGUUAUGAUAAAGAUGAGAUCUUAAAUGUCAUUGAAAAGUGGAAUGAUGAUCCAAAUCAACAACAACAACAGAAUGAAAUUUUGGAUGCAUACUUAUUAAUGAAGGAAAACCAUUCCUUAGUAAAAGAUAUGAAGCAAAACAAGAUUGAUAAAAUGGAGAAUUUCUUAUCGCAAUCGCCACCUCCAUAUCAUAGUGGCUCGCCAUCUCCUUCAGCUGCUAGCUUUGGAAACAAUGCACCUCAGGCUACUUCCAGUGCCCCUGGAGUUCAGCAAUCCUUAACUUACCAAACAUUAGCAACUGUGCCAGAUUUGUCAACUUUACCCAAUUCUACAAUUGCCAUUCUUCCAUCAUCCCUUCCUUCCAUUCACCGUGCUUACAUGACUGAAACCCAAGCUCAAAAGGGUUUAACUGAUGAUAUAGCAUCUCGGAUACCACCUGUUUCCAACAAGAAACUGAAAACCAGAUGGCAUUUUGGUAUACGGUCAAGAUCUUAUCCUUUGGAUGUUAUGGGUGAAAUUUACCGUGCAUUGAAGAAUUUAGGAGCUGAAUGGGCUAAACCUACUGAAGAAGAAUUAUGGACCAUUAGAGUAAGAUGGAAGUAUCAAAGUAAAGAUUGCCAUGAAAAUGCUCCUAAUCUUAUGAAGAUGCAAAUCCAAUUAUUUCAAUUAGAACCCAACAAUUAUUUAGUUGAUUUCAAAUUUGAUGGUUGGGAACUGGUAGUGGAAUCACCUGCAGCUCCUAAACAGGAUGUUGAUGAAAUGAGCUCGUUUUCUGCUUACCCAUUUUUGCAUAUGGCUACACGGUUGAUUAUGGAGUUGGCUGUAAAUAGUCAGAAUGGUUAG